AUGGAUGCCAUCGAUGAAUUGUCGCAGCUCGCCAAUUCCAUGCGGCAAGCAUCAGCGUUGCUUGCCGACGAAGAUGUUGAUGAAACGACGUCGUCUAGGCGCCCCUCCACUUUUCUCAACGUUGUUGCUCUCGGCAACACUGGUGCAGGCAAGUCUGCUGUAUUGAAUAGUCUAAUUGGGCAUCCUGCAUUGCCAACUGGUGAAGGGGGUGCCACUCGUGCUCCAAUUUGUAUUGAUUUGACGAGGGAUAGCUCGCUCAGCAGCAAAUCAAUUAUUUUGCAGAUUGAUAGUAAAUCUCAACAAGUUUCGGCAAGUGCUCUUCGGCAUUCAUUACAAGACAGACUAAGCAAAAUCUCAAGCAAGAGUCGCGACGAGAUAUAUUUAAAGCUUCGAACAAGUACAGCUCCUGCAUUGAAAUUAAUUGAUUUGCCUGGGGUAGAGAAAGGAAAUCUCGAUGAUUCAUUAAGUCAAUAUGCUGAACACAGUGAUGCAAUAUUGCUGGUUGUAAUUCCUGCUUCUCAGGCUCCCGAAGUUGCAACAUGUAAAGCUAUCAGAAUAGCUAAGGAGCUUGAUGGAGAAUGUACAAGAACUGUUGGUAUUAUUAGUAAGAUAGAUCAAGCAGCUUCAGAACCAAAAAUCAUAGCUGCUGUACAGGCUCUUUUGUUGAAUCAAGGUCCACGAAGCACAUCUGACAUCCCAUGGGUUGCUUUGAUUGAGAGUGAAAGUCUGAAAUCUAUACUAACGGGGGCCCCUCAAAGCAAGCUUGGGAGAUUAGCUUUGGUGGAGACCCUUGCUCAACAAAUCCAAAAUCGUAUGAGACUAAGGCUUCCUAAUCUCCUCUCUGGGCUUCAGGGAAAAUCCCAAAUAGUGCAGGAUGAAUUAGUCAGACUUGGUGAACAAAUGGUUAAUAGUGCUGAAGGUACAAAAGCUUUGGCUUUGGAGCUUUGCCGUGAAUUUGAGGAUAAGUUCCUCCUGCACAUUACAACUGGUGAGGGUUUUGGGUGGAAAGUUGUUGCUAGUUUUGAGGGUAAUUUCCCAAACAGGAUGAAGCAGCUCCCACUAGAUAGACAUUUUGACUUGAACAAUGUUAAGAGGAUUGUUCUGGAAGCAGAUGGUUAUCAGCCUUACCUUAUUUCUCCUGAGAAAGGGUUGAGGUCUUUAAUAAAGAGUGUUUUAGAGUUAGCAAAAGAACCUUCACGUCUUUGUGUAGACGAGGUGCACCGGGUACUUGUUGAUAUUGUCUCAGCUGCUGCAAAUGCUACUCCAGGUCUUGGUAGAUAUCCUCCUUUUAAGCGAGAGGUUGUGGCAAUUGCCACCACUGCUUUGGAAGGGUUUAAGAAUGAAGCAAAAAUGAUGGUAGUUAACCUUGUUGACAUGGAGCGGGCAUUCGUUCCCCCUCAACACUUUAUCCGCUUGGUGCAGAGGCGGAUGGAUAGACAGAGACGCGAGGAGGAGCUGAAAACUCGAUCUUCUAAAAAAGGUGUUGAAGCUGAGCAGUCCAUACUGAACAGGGCCGCUAGUCCACAAACAGGAGGCCAGCAAAGUGGAGGGAGCUUAAAAUCAAUGAAGGAUAAAUCUAGUCCGCAAGAUAAAGAUGUACAAGAAGGAUCAGGCUUGAAAACCGCAGGGCCUGAAGGGGAAAUAACAGCAGGGUUCUUAUUGAAGAAAAGUGCCAAAACUAAUGGUUGGGGUAGAAAAUGGUUUGUUUUGAAUGAAAAAACUGGAAAGCUUGGGUACACCAAUAAACAAGAAGAGCGACAUUUCCGUGGUGUUAUCACUUUGGAGGAAUGUAAUCUAGAAGAUGUAUCUGAGGAAGAAGAAGCUCCUUCUAAAAGUUCCAAGGACAAAAAGGCAAACGGUCCAGAGAAACCACCCAGUUUGGUAUUCAAACUAACAAGCCGGGUUCAAUAUAAAACUGUUCUUAAAGCUCAUAGUGCUGUUGUGUUAAAGGCUGAAAGUAUGGCAGAUAAGACAGAAUGGUUAAAGAAGUUGAGAAAUGUUAUCAGUUCUAAAGGAGGUCAAGUUAAGAGUGAAUCUGGCCCCUCCAUGCGGCAAAGUCUUUCUGAUGGUUCUCUUGAUACAAUGGCUAGAAAACCUGCAGAUCCGGAAGAAGAGCUUCGCUGGAUGGCUCAGGAAGUGCGUGGUUAUGUUGAAGCUGUUCUUAACAGCCUUGCUGCCAAUGUCCCAAAGGCUGUUGUUCUUUGCCAAGUAGAAAAAGCUAAGGAAGACAUGCUCAAUAAGCUGUACAGUUCUGUCAGUGGUCAAAGUACAGCAAGAAUUGAAGAGCUUCUCCAGGAGGACCAUAAUACAAAGCGCAAGAGGGAGCGUAUUCAGAAACAGUCUUCUCUUCUUUCCAAGCUCACCAGGCAACUUAGUAUUCAUGAUAACCAGGCAGCUGCAGCGUCAGAAUUUUCGAAUGGUGGAGCAGAAAGCAGUCCAACUUCGGCCAGACCCUCAUCAGGUGAUGACUGGAGAUCAGCAUUUGAUGCCGCUGCCAAUGGCCCAACUGAUUCAUAUGGGGGCUCUAGGCAUUCAUCCAAUGGUCACAGUCGUCGGUACAGUGACCCUGCUGAAAAUGGCGACGUGGGCUCUGGCUCAAACUCCAGCAGCCGCCGCACCCCUAAUCGAUUGCCACCUGCUCCACCUCAAUCCGGAUCUUCUUAUAGAUUUUAG